AUGAAAGCUAGAUUCAAGGUGGAAAAAGGUGAUGGUAAGAGAAAAGUUGACGUCUCGGUGUCAGAGAAUCCCAGAAAAUACAGAGGCGUGAGGCAGAAACGGUGGGGUCCUUCACGGCAGAGAGAAGGAAUUCUUAGUCCGCACUCGGAUUUGGUUAGGGACAUUCGCUACGGCGGAGGAAGCUGGUAUCACUUACGAUUGAGCCGCGAUUCGUCUCAUGGAUCACAACGCGCAGAUGAAUUCUCCUCCAGUCCUCCUUCGCCGUUUAUCGAUCUAAAAACGGUUUCCAGCUGCGAUUCGGGGAAUCAAAACCUUUGUUCUUUGAUUCAAGUCAAAAAGGAGACAGAGUAUCAGACGGACCUGGAGAGAGAACCAAUUGAUCUAGCGGCAGAGGUGAAGCCGACCGUGGGAGAUCAUAUAGGUUGCUCAUGGUGGACGUGA